AUGUUGGGGCUGAGGGGCUCGGCGCCGCAACUCCCGGUGGUACCUGCUGGUCUUCCAGAAGGAGCCGGCGACUCGGGAUGGCUCCUUCCCGCGGGGGAGAAGGCGGGAGGAGCUUGGCGGCUCUCCCCGGGGCGGCAAAGCAAACUGCUGGAAAUGCAGCUGGAACAAGAUGCACUUCAGGAUAGCAGAAAGAAAUCUCAGAGCCAAGAGCAUCUACAAAUAGAGUUUAAAAAUAGUACUGGAGAGUUGGAAGCUGCCAGCCAGCAGCAGGACCAGGUGCUGAGGGGGGCUGGCAGCCAAAAGGAGCAUCUGACACAGGAGCUCCACAGCCCCAAGGAAUUACUGCUGGAAUCACCUGGCAGUCUAAUGGACUGCAGGAGGGCAGGCAGGAAGCUCUGUGAGCAUGGGGACAUGGCCUGCCUGGGCACAGCAUUUUGUGGUGUCCUGCAGGAUCUGGACUCCCAGGUGUCACACAUCAAAGGAAAGCUUGGGGUUUGCUGUGUCAUCUGGUCCCAAUGGGUGAAGGAGGAACUUCAGUCACUGACAGAAGCUUCACAGGCCCACAGAGAGCUUCUGCUGCAGCAGGAUCAAAAAGUGGUUGAUGGUAUUGUUAUUCUUCAGAUGGCUGCAACUGAGGAAAACAAUGCCAGCACUGGAAGAAUCUCCUCCUUGACUGUGCAGCUGGAGAUGACCAAGGAAGAGCUGCGUGAUGUCACGGAGCAUCUGGCAGCCAAACAGAGGGAUUUGGAGGCUGCUGAGCAAAGGGGUCUGCUGGGCUGUCUGCAGGAGAAGGAGACAGCCCUUGGGGCUAGCAGCCAGGAGAUCAGGGAGUUGCAUUCCCAGCUUGGCAGUAGGGUGCAGGAGCUCCAGCACACGAGGAGGGAAGAGGGCUGCUUACACAAGGUGCAGUCGGAGGACGAGGCGCUGAAACUGCUCGUGUUGGAGGAGGAAAGGAUCAUUGAGGUCUUCCAAAAGCAAAUUGGUAACGUGACCCAGAUCAUGGGCCAGCACAGCCAAACUGCUGGAGCAAUGGAAGUGGAGAAAUCCCAGCUGAAAAAAGAAAUAAAUGACCGGAAACGCAAAGCAGAAGAGCUUAAGGUUGCAAAGGAAGAGAAAGAAGCCAGACUAUGUGAAAUGGAGGCCAGGCUGAGCGAGCUGGAGCUGGAAAAGGUUCAGCUGGUUGGCACCAAGAGACUCCAGGCACUGAAUGAUGCAAAACUGGGAAAAGAUGAGCUCCUGCAGGAACUCCAGGCUGGCCAGAGGGAGCUAGCUGGCCUUGCAGAGGCAUUUUAAGAUUUGGAGAGGAAUUAUCAGGGUAAAGUCAAGGAAGUGGAAAAUACUGCAAACAGAGUGAAAAUGCAGUUGAAGUCAGCCCAAACUGAACUGAAACAGGCCAGGACUGCUCUAAAGACUAUGGAGGGAUCUGAAGACAAUGCUCUGGAAGCUGCAGCAAGAGUGCAGAAGCAGAUCACAGCCAAAAGAGGACAGAUAGAUGCACUACAGAGCAAGAUGAAAUUCUUGGGAGAAAUGCAUGGGUUAAAGCACAGUCAUCCUGAGAAGCAUUACCUCAGAGACGAAAAUAGUAAACUAAGUCAGAAAUUGAGCUGUGUUAGAGCAGAGAAUAUCAGGAUUGCUGGGGACCUGGAGAUCCUGAGAUCACAAGACAAAUGGCUCAAAGAAAAACUGUCCAAGAUGGAGGCAGCCCUUGAUAAGGCAUCCCUGCAGUUUGCCCAGUGCCAGGGCAUCAUCCAGUGCCAGGAGCAGGAAGCCAUGCAUUGCAGGCUGCAGCACGCCUUGGAUGUGAGAGAGCUGCAGGGCCCAGGCUACUCCUCAGCUUCUGCUUCAGGGAAGCUGCAGCACACUGUGCCUCUGUCCCACGUGCUCUCUGCUGUCUGGCCACAUGCCCUGCACCUGCCCAGCUCUGCCCCUCAGAAGCCUACCAAGCUGGACAUUUUGAAGGAAGAACCAUUGCAGGAUCUGAAGAGGGUUCCUCAAGAAGCAACAGUCUCAGACAGUGAGGCUCCCUCCAUGGAUCUCAGCAGCCAUGAUGGGAGAACAUCCCCUUUAACAACCAUGAGGAAUGCAGGGGGUCCUUCCUGCUCACAUCCUGCAGAUCUUCAGUCCCAGAAUGUUUCCCUGCUCCUGACAUCCCUUGCCAUGUCUCCAAUGAUCAGAACUCGGGAGGUGAAGAUAAAGAAAUCCAAGGAAAAGGAGAGGAAGCUGUCCAAGUGA